CGGAGCGAUGCUGCUGGACUUGGCCACCAAGCGCCCCGCGGUCCGCUCCAAGAUUAAGUUCACCACGGGCACGUGCAGCGACGCGGCCGUGCACAGCUGCGAGCUGUGCGGCAAGGGCUUCCGCCUGCAGCGCAUGCUCAACCGCCACGUCAAGUGCCACAGCCAGGUGAAGAGACACUUGUGCACCUUCUGCGGCAAGGGCUUCAACGACACCUUUGAUCUGAAGAGGCAUGUCCGGACCCAUACUGGAAUUCGCCCUUACAAAUGCGAGGUCUGCAACAAAGCGUUCACCCAGCGCUGCUCCCUCGAGUCCCACCUCAAGAAGAUCCACGGCGUGCAGCAGCAAUACGCCUACAAACAGAGGCGAGACAAACUGUACGUGUGCGAAGACUGCGGCUACACGGGCCCCACGCAGGAGGACCUAUAUCUGCACGUUAGUAACGUUCACCCCGGCAGCGCUUUUCUGAAGAAAACCUCCAAAAAACUCGCGGCAGUUUUGCAAAACAAACUGAGCCCGGUCCUCCAGAGGAACUCCAAAGAAGACGACAAAGAUGAAUAAUGCAGUGAAUUAUAAUGGUCCAAGGGAAUGAAGUUUACACGUAGGAACUAUAUAUAUCUAUAUAUCUAUAUAUUAUUUUUUUAAAAACACUUUUGCCAGAAAUCCCUG